UGUUUUUCUUUCCUUUUCAUCUAAAGAGGCUAAAGCAGUGUGUUCACCAGUGCAAGUACUUGCAUUGCAUUCACAUUAGGAGAAACACCCAUUUAACGAGGGCUACUGUCGUUCCUUGGUUGGUUUGUAUUUUUCAUUUCACUUUGGAUUCUACAGUUUUCCUUCUUUUUUAUUUGGGUAUUUUUCUAUAGUUUCAAUUCAAAGGGGGGAAUUAGAAAUAGGAGAUAAAGUGGUGAAGAUUUGACUUGAAAUUCUUGUGGAAAGGUUAGAAUGUGAUGUAAUGAUUCCAUUUCUCUUCCUCUUGAAGCCAUUAAAUGAUUCUGAUUCUCACACAAUCUUUCAACUCCAAGUUUUGCAAGUUGUGGAAUUUCAGGAACUAAGUUGGAGUCUUGGCUUGUUUAGAGCUUAAAGGUUCUCUCUGAUAUACAUAGAAACUCUAGUCCAGAACGUGUUUUUUUUUUUUUUUUUUUUUUUUUUAAAAAUUUUCCUGGGAAGAUGGGGCUUCCUCUCAAGUUUCUGCUUCAUUUUUGCUGCUGUUCAGUAAGACAAGAACCCAAGAAAUAAUUUUUUAUUUUUAUUUUUGCUUUGACCUUCAUAAAUGAUUUAGUUCAAUAUUCCCGACCCUUUUCAGCUCAGGAAAUUGACUCUUCAAAAUUUGGAGUAUUUUGAGGUUAUGCUUUUUAAUUUGACAUAAGGAUUCUGCUUUCUAUGGAGAAGAAGAGGCGCUUUUACAAUACCAGUAGCAGUAAAGCCGUAAAGCUAGACUUAAUAUUUAUUUUCUGCUUCAACAUUAUCUCUGUGCAAUGCUUAGAAAAGUUAAGCAACAAUAACUCAAGCGACAGCGACCCUCCAUCACAAUCUGAGCCACCAGAAUUCAAGAAUAGCCUUCGGAGAAUUUCUCUCAGUAUUUUGCUAGGAAUCAUAGCAGGAUUGAUUUUUGCGUUACUCGUUGCUCUUCUAAUAAGGUUCUUUAUCAGAUACAUUAACAGGAGCCCAAUCCUUAAGGGCCCUGUUGUGUUUUCUCCCAAAAUUCCUCCCAAGACUCUAAAAUCAGCUCUUGCAGAUGAACCCCAGUUGCUGGGAUCGAGUCCCAAUGGGAAGUAUUACAAGACUGUACUGGACAAUGGCCUAACUGUUGCGGUCAAGCAGCUCGAGCCCUUUGAGAAUGUUUCUGAUGAAGCUCAGAGCAAGUCAGUCAAGAGAAGGAUACAGCAGGAUCUCGAAAUUCUUGCUAGCUUAAGGCAUAGGAAUUUGAUGAGUUUGAGGGCUUAUAUUCGCGAAUCUGAUAGGUAUUCUCUGAUAUAUGAUUAUGCCCCUACUGGUAGUCUGGAAGAUGCAAUGAGAAGAGUGAGGGAAAAUCAGUUGCAACUUAAUUGGGAAUUAUGUCGUCGAAUCGCAGUUGGCAUAGUUAAGGGGCUGCAGUAUCUUCAUUUCACUUGUGAUCCAAGAAGAUUGCAUUACAACUUGAAGCCCUCAAAUGUGAUGUUGGACUCACAAUUUGAACCAAGGUUAGCAGAUUUUGGCUUGGCUAUGAUUAUUCCUAAUGUUGGUAAAGCAGCUUCAGGCUACAGUGCUCCAGAGUACAUUCAGAAUGACAGGUAUACGGAUAAGAGCGAUGUGUUUAGCUUUGGUGCAAUCUUGGGUGUUCUAUUAACUGGUAAAGACCCAUUAGAUCCUUUUUUGGCGGAAGCAACUAGUGGAGGAAGUUUGGGACUAUGGCUUAGUCGUCUGCAGCAAGCAGGGGAGGCUUCCGAAGCACUAGAUAAAAGUAUCCUCAGGGAAGAAAUUGAAGAAGAUGAGAUGUUAAUGGCUGUUAAAAUUGCUGUUGUAUGCCUAUCUGACUCGCCUGCUGAUCGCCCUUCGAGUGACGAACUCGUGUCUAUGCUCACUCAACUGAACAGUUUCUGAAUGAAGAAUUUUGGUUCCUCACUUUCCAAGUUAUCGAAAUCAAAUGUAUUUUGGAGGCAACUCCAUUGCUAGGGAGAUGUUUGUGUCAUCAAUUUGGAUGGAGUUGGAUCAUGCAAAAUAUAUGAUAAACUGAUGGUACUUUCACUUUGAGUGGUGUUAUUGGCGGAUUUCAUUUGUCAAUUUUUAGUUUCUUGAUUUUCCA